AAGUCUGGGCAACUGACAGCAGUCGGUUUAAAGAUUGUUUAUGUUCUACAUCGAUUCCAUAGAUACAAAUUCCUGGGGUUUUAGAUACUUCAGGAAAGUGCUAUUCUCUUCGAAUUGGUCGAAACAAUUGGCGUAGAAUUCUUCUUAUUUCUAGUUCCUACUUAUUAAUAAUUUUUAAUAAUUAACAAAGAUUUUUAAUUAUGUUUUUUAGUAUUUUUAUCUAUCUAAUGCUUCUAUGGCACAUGUAAAUUGAAUUCCUUCGAAAACUCAGUAUAUUCUUACGCGUUUUUUUCGCAUUUGAGCUGAUCGAAUUGAUUUUAGUUGUUGUUGCUCUUUGAUGAUUUUGUUUAUUGCCGCGUAAGUAUGUGUACAAUAAUUAUUUACACAACUUAUUGACAAUCAGGAGUUUCGUUUCGUUUUCGGCAUCUCGGUCUUACUGAUUCUGUUUCGGUUGCUUGGCUUUUUGUUUGCCUUCAAUUGACAAUGGCCUGAAAAAAGGGUGGCGGGGGGGAAUGUGAAUCCGGAGGUGGAAAUCGGUAGAUGCUAAUUGAAUGGCAUUUGUAAAGCGUCUCAAAAGUGUGAGUGUUUUUUUUUUUGUUUAUUACCUUACUGCGUGUGUGUGUGUGUGUAAACCUUAUGAGGAAGUAAUUUGAUUUGUCUCUUGUUUUUUGUUUUCGAUGAUACAUGCAUUUGUUAUCGUCUUUUCCCACCGAGAAUUUCCUGCCAUAUAAAGUCAACCGAAGUUGAUGAGCCGGCUAAAUCACAAUAAAGCGUAUUUUCUUACCUGGCGCAUCUAAGCGAUUGACUCACCUGCAUCUUUAUAUCUUUAUCAGUCAUUGUGGGUGGAAUCAUCCGACGAAGUGCUAACACAACGGGAACAGCUGUGACACUUGUUAAUUGGGAUUGUCAAGUGAAAUGUACCUACUACAGAAAACAGCAAUGAAAACAGAAGCGAACACAAAAAAGCAUGCAAAUUUAUAGAGCAAACAAUCAAUUUUUGCAUAAUUGACAGCGUUGAGGAAUUUGUGAUGAGCACGUGCCUCUGGCGAAAUCGAUCGUUAUAAAAGUACGAGUAUGAUUGAAUGAUUAAUGCUGUGACAUUUAGUGGGCCAAAACGAACAAUUGUAGUACUCACUAAUGGUAUCCAUAACUUUGAAUGUCAAAUUAUCGCUCAGUGUGACCAUAUUUCUCGAAACAGUCGGUCAGGGUGGCACUUCAAAGCAGAUAGAUAAACAAAUGGAAUCAGCUUCCCUCGAUCUGUUGACUGUUUGCUGACUGUAACGAAAUUUAGUUACCCCUGAUAAGAGCACAGCUGUUCGACAACUUCAAGGUCCAAUGGUGGCCACUUAUCUUAUUUCUGCCAUGGCCACUCCAAUAUGUGUACUCAUGCUAUAUAGUAUAGCUAUAUCUGUGCGUUGGUAAAACAUGAGUACGUAAGGAUCUGAAUACAUAUGAAUUUAUUUACGUAUGUGUAUUGCCUUAGAGCCCAUGGCUUAUCGCGCCUAAGCGCAUUUUGCCAAUAAUUCACUAUUAUCAAUGGAAAAUGGCAAAAGUUCACUUGUACACACAACUGUGGGUACACAACGAACACACACACAUUCGAAUUAUUAUUAUUUGUUUAAACCGAAGGAACUGCAGAACCCAUCGAUAAGAAAAUGUGCGAUACGUACUUUGAUCGUUAAAGCAAACCAUAACCUAGUUUCUUUAGUGAAAAUCUGAGGGAAAUAAACAGUUUUAUCGUUUCUUAGCCUAUAUAAAUAGUAUUAAUUGAUUUCUUUCUUUGUUUAGAGUUCUACGCUCUCUUGAUCGCUUUCAUGUGCCGUUUUUCAAAUUGAAUUUCAGUUUACUUUCUUUGUGUGCGGAAUGUGUUUGCACUCAAUUGGCAAGUUUUAGUUUAAUUGAAUUUUUCUGUAGUUGCCUUGGCAACUGUUUUAAUGCUCCAAUUGAUGCAAUUAAGCACCAGCCAUGCAGGCUAGACACUCUAUAUAGAGAAAAGCUGGGGAACUUUAAAAAAUAUAUAUUUUUUAAAUUUCAUUUAAAAUUGAGAUGAAUGCAAAUGUGAAUUUAAACUGUUUAAAAUAAUUUCACUAUGCUGAUAAUAUUUCUCUCUGUGCAGCCCUAUGCUCUACCCGUCUCUUUCUGGUCAAUUCACACCGUCUCGCUCACAUUUGUUGAUUGAUCUUUCGCUAUGGGCAAAUAUUUAAGCUGCCGGCUGAGCGUUGCCUUUUGGCCAGCAGACCGAAAACAUGUUUGAACAUCUAACACGCGUCAGACCGAAAAGAAGCGAGUGCAAGCGGGACGGAGAUGGUGAGCGAGCGAGACGGGUGGCUGAAAUCGUUUAACAAUUUUUAUUUACCUUUUUAUUAACAAUUUCGCGGCUUUUUGCAGCUCACCAUUGGUGUGUCUGCGGUUUUUAUCAUAUUUCUCCUGUGUGUGUUUACAAAACCCAAAAAAUUAUGCGCACUAAAUCUAAGGUUUUCCUCGGCAUUUUCACGUUCCUAUUUGUAUGCUCUUGAUAGUAAGAAAACUAUGCUAUCUGCAGCAACAAGAGACACCACCCAUACAUACAUUCCAAUGAUAAACACAAAUGCUAUCAGUGAAGUUGCUUCUUCUGCUGAUUUUUCAUCGCAAGAAAAGUAAAUUCGCAAAUCAGUCACGUGCGUUCGCUCUCUGUCUCAGUCGCACAUUAGAGUGGGUGGUGGGCGUAAGUGGGUUGUGGCUGGUGGGAGAGAGGGAGGUAGACAGAAGACAAACAGCACGCGCCAAGUUAAUGCUACCCGAUUUGACUUUGCAGGCGAUAGCAAAAACAAUAAUAAAUCAACAUUUCCUCUGCACAAACUGUAAAACUUCCAUACCAAGCACUUUUGUAAUUCAAGCUGUACAAUGGAAAAACAAUUCAACGAAUUUAGUAAGUUUACAAUGGAGCUUAAAUAUAAAGAACAUCUCUGCAUAACAUAGAAAACUUCUUAACUUUAAUUUCAUUGUUUUUAGAUGAUGAUUUAAAGUUAGCUGAAUAUAGUCAUAUAUACAAUAGCGGAAUAUAGAAUAUGCAAGCGGAGAAAUAUAUAACUAACAUCCAUUUGCUCCUUAAAUAUAUAAGUUUCACGUAAGCAGGUCCCACUGUUGUACUUCCUUACAAUACUUUUGUUAGUCCAUUGAAACUUGAUUAGCUCGCCAAGCAUUUGAUCGUCACUUGAGUUUUGGCCAGCAGGUGGAUUUUCCCGGUCUCCCACAAGUACUGAUUAGAAAUUAGUUAACCACGAAAGUGGUCCUCAAGCCACGACCCCGCUUGUCCCAUUUCCAUGGGCAAUUAAGUAGGCCAUGACAUGGAAACUGUAAUUGUACUAAUCGAUUUUCCAUUUCCACUGAAAGUUGCCGCUGCCGGUGGGAAAAUUGUAAAAUCCAGCCAAGCCAAAUAAAGUUUACUGACCCCCGUCCGAAGCAUAGAAUAAUAGUUGGCACAGCAGCCGGGUGGGGAGUGGAAAGGUGAGCACGAAGGAGGUCGCAUAUAUCGAUUAAACACGUGGAAAGAGUGGGUGGGUGGGUGGUUGGGUGUGCUGGCAACACGUUUGAUUACCGCGUGUAAAUAACAACAACCAAACGAGCGCUGCAGAAGUUGCAAGGACUCUCUCCUCGGAUGUUGUGCAACAAUCACAUGCUACCGAAGCCCCAAUGGAAAAUCCAAAAGACGAUGAACAAAAGCCACCGGCUCCAAGGGCUCAACCGCCGGAAAAACCCGCUCGCAAGCGGAAUCAAGUUAAAAUUCCGCCCAAGAUCAGGGCGCCAAAACCAACACCUACCGCCAUUCUGUGUGAAUUGACGCGCCUGAAGGCGCAGCAAAAAUAUCUCGAAUGCAAUCAAGUCAAGCUGAAUCCCAAUAAUUUUAUACUGAAAGAUGAUGAGGGCACAGAUUCAAAGAUCGAAUCUUGCCAAGAGCCAGAAACUGGCCAAAAUCCACGACCCACCAGUUCCUCAACGGCAGAUCUAAUAAGUUUGAUCAACGAAAUCGAACAGGAGAAACUGGUGCUCCUUGAAAAACUAAAGCUACAUAGCAGCGAAAAGCGUGGAGAGCUUCAGGAUAUGUGGCACUUUGUGGCCACCAUUAAGGAGGAUGUCUUUCGGCCAGAACGUCUUAGCCAAUAUACAGUGAAUGCUCUGAGGGAGAGAAUCGUUGGCCUAAAUGCCCAAUUGUAUCGCUUGGCUGCUAGGAACUCAAAAGAACUCGAAGAACUAAGGCAGCAGUACGCUAAAUUGGAAAAUGAAAAUAAGGUGUUGUGGAAAGGUAGCAUGUAGAUUAAUAUACAACAACUUUGGAUUAAUUUUUUCACUUUUCCUAGAUAAUAUACCAAAAAUUUGUAUUUGUUCUAUAACUUGAAUAGGUUUUCAAAACAAUAAAGAAAUAUCUUUAAAUCAAAUAGAAAA